AUGGAAUCAGUUAGCUCUAGCCCAGUUGCGAAUGACAAGCCAACAUCGCCUUUCAAUCAAGCACACGGAGCUACAGAGCAGCCACAACCUUUGAGCUCACAAGAACAAGCUUCAAAUACUUCGGUUCAACAAGAAGCCGAAGCCAUGGAAGCACCCCUCGGCAGCCGACCCAAUGGAAUUUUUAUCAUAGAGCCCAACCACCCAAGAUAUCUAGAGCCCUCUGAAGACGACGUAGAGAGAUCUACCGAGUUCUUCGACAACAAGGAACAGCAAGAUAGUGCUGUUACAUCUUCUGCAAACAGUUUAUACGUUGUGAAGAAAGAGUCAGAAGAGCCUCCUUACCACAUCUUCUCUAUGGCACAGAAAAGACAGCUUGUAUAUAUAGUAUCUUUUGCAGGUCUGUUCUCGCCACUAUCAAGCAACAUCUAUUUUCCAUCUCUAAAGGAGAUUUCUACAGACCUUCACGUUUCUCUUUCCCUUGUCAGUCUUACUGUAACAGUCUAUAUGAUUGUUCAGGGACUUGCUCCAUCAUUCUGGGGACCAAUUAGUGAUACUAAAGGAAGAAGAAUCACGUUCAUGGGUACAUUUAUUGUAUAUCUUGCUUCGAAUAUUGGACUUGCUUUAAGUAAAAACUUCACGACCCUCAUGGUCUUGCGCGCAAUCCAAGCUGCCGGUAGUGCUGCCACUAUUGCUGUUGGCGCCGGCGCAAUUGCAGAUUGCACCACACCCAAAGAGAGAGGAGGUUUGAUUGGUGUAUUUGGAGGUAUCCGUAUGCUUGGACAGUCUGUUGGUCCUGUCCUGGGGGGUAUCAUAACUCAAUAUCUCGGCUUCCGCGCAAUUUUCUGGUUUCUUCUUGGCUUGGGCUCGCUAGCUCUUCUCUUAAUCAUUGCAUUUCUUCCCGAAACCCUUCGAAGUGUGGCUGGCAACGGUUCCGUUGUUCUCAAAGGUGUUCACCGGCCACUAUUCUACACACCACCAUCUACGGCACAAUCCGACGAGGAGCUUCCCCCAAAGAAAAAUAUUACAUUUUCCUCAGUUUUCGCCCCAUUCAAAUUUCUCCUCGAAAAGGAUGUUUUCAUUACCCUCUUUUUCGGUGCAGUUGUCUACACUGUCUGGUCUAUGGUGACCUCCAGCACCACUGCCUUAUUCUCAGAGCACUUCAAUCUCUCCAAUCUGGAGCUCGGCUUGAUCUUCUUGCCAAAUGGUUUCGGUUGCAUCACCGGUUCCUAUCUCACAGGCAUGCUGAUGGAUUACGACUACAAAGUUGUUGAAUCCCGUUAUCGCAAAGAACACAAUGUUCCUGCAGAUGUCACUAUCAAGGCUAAUGAGCUUCUGGACUUCCCUAUUGAAGUUGCAAGAAUGAGGAAUAUCUGGUGGAUAGUCCUCGUUUUCAUCGUUGCCACAGGUCUCUACGGAUAUUCCUUGAAGCUCGAAAUCAUGGCUCUGCCACUGAUUUUACAAUUCUUCAUUGCAUACACAGCUACUGCUGUAUUCUCUCUCAAUAGCGCUUUGAUAAUUGAUCUCUAUCCAGGCAAAUCCGCAAGCGCUACAGCAGUGAACAAUCUCAUUAGAUGCUUAUUGGGAGCAGCUGGUGUUGCCGUUGUGCAGUUGAUUAUUGAUGUGUUGGGAUCUGGAGUAACUUUCUUGAUCUUUGCUGGAGCAACCUUUGCAUUGAGUCCAUUAUUAAUGAUAGAGUGGUACCACGGAGGAAGAUGGAAGAGGGAAAGAGCUGAGAAGCUGCAAAAAAAGAAGGAGGCCAAGCAAGCGAGAGACUUGGAAAGAGCGGCUUAA